UAUCCUCAUUUGGCCUCUGGUCUUUCAGGCGCUUAUGAUGCGCUGAAAGGCUGUCCGCUGCUCAGCGCUUCAACACAACUGUUUAAUGUCUAAAUUCGGCUUGAGGAGCUUACUUGGCACUUUCUGCUGACGAGAGAAGCCAUCGCGACGGUUCACUUUGUGUGGAGUGUGCCUACAGUUACUACGAGCACUGAUGUUGUGGUGCUCUCCCUCUACCUCCGAUCCCAGUGCCUCACUGUAUGACCUCAGACAUCCGAUAGAUCCACGAGGGGAAGCAGCCCCUGCCUCACCCAGGACCCUUCCCUCUGGACUACUGCGUGCGACACUCCGUAGCCAUCUCAUCUUUCAACUCACCUCCAGUAGAAACAACAGCACACCUUUUCCACAUAGGAGUUGAACACCUCCACUUGGGUCAGUGGAGGUGUUGAAGAGCCCUCCCCCACUCCCCCCUGUUAAUCCUCUUGAAUAUUCUUUCUCCUGGUUGGUUUGAGCCCGGUUCUGCCGGCCGUGUGACUUUUCAAAUCUGGGGCGUGAUUCAUGGGAUGCAACCAUGUCGGAUCUCAGUGAGCGCAGGCCGGUCAACACGGACUACGCUGUCUCCCUGCUGGAGCAGCUCAAGUUCUUUUACGAACAGAAAUUACUGACUGAUGUUGUGCUGCUGGUGGAGGACACAGAGUUCCCCUGUCACAAGAUGGUCCUGGCCACGUGUAGCUCCUAUUUCAGGGCAAUGUUCAUGAGUGGCCUCAGUGAGAGCAAACAGACCCACGUCCACCUGAGGAACGUGGACCCGGCCACCCUGCAGAUCAUCAUCACCUACGCCUACACGGGCAACCUGGCCAUCAGCGACAGCACCGUGGAGCCGCUCUACGAGACCGCCUGCUUCCUACAGGUGGAGGACGUCUUGCUGCAGUGCAGAGACUACCUGGUGAAGAAGAUAAGCGCUGAGAACUGCGUCCGCAUGCUGAGCAUCGGCGACCUGUUCAGUUGCAGCGAGCUAAAGCAGAGCGCUAAGCGCAUGGUGGAGCACAAGUUCCCCAUGGUGUACAGGCAGGAGGCAUUCCUUCAGCUCUCCCACGAGCUGUUGGUAGACGUCCUGAGCAGCGACAACCUCAACGUGGAGAAGGAGGAGACGGUGCGAGAGGCGGCCAUGCUGUGGUUGGAGUAUAACAUGGAGGCACGCUCGCAGCACCUGUCCUCCGUGCUCAGUCAGAUCCGCAUCGACGCGCUGUCUGAGGUGACGCAGCGCGCCUGGUUCCAGGGUCUGCCACCCAACGACAAGUCUGUGGUGGUGCAGGGCCUCUACAAGUCCAUGCCCAAGUUUUUCAAACCUAGGUUAGGCAUGACCAAGGAGGAGAUGCUGAUUUUCAUGGAGGCCAUGUCAGAAACGCAGGGCGACGGAUAUGUAAUGUCUGGGUCCUUGCCUACUACAGUAGUGUGUUACAGCCCGCAGGCGGAGAAAGUGUACAGGCUUAACAACCCCCCAGGAGACCUGCAGAAGGUGGGAACCCUCGUCACACCUGACAAUGAUGUGUUCAUUGCCGGUGGACAGAUCCCGCUCAAAAACUCUAUCACCAACCACGGCAAGAGUGGAAAGUUACAGGCGGUCUUCCGCUCAGUCGAUAGCUUCUUCUGGUUUGAUGCCCAACAGAACGCCUGGGUACCCAAAACCCCCAUGCUGUGUGCCCGAAUCAAGCCCUCGCUGGUCUACUGCGAUGGCUACAUCUAUGCAAUCGGGGGAGAUAAUGUCGGAGGAGAGCUGAAUAAGCGCACGGUGGAGCGCUACGACUGCGAGAAGGACGAGUGGAGCAUGAUGAGCCCUCUGCCCUUCGCAUGGAACUGGAGCACCUCUGUGGUGGCGCACGACUGCAUCUAUGUGAUGACCCACGACCUGAUGUACUGCUACUUCCCCCGAGCCGACACCUGGGUGGAGAUGGCUAUGCGCAAGACGAGCCGCUGCUUCGCCUCUGCGGCUGCUUUCGGUGACCUCAUUUUCUACAUCGGCGGCCUCCACGUGGUCAGCAACUCUGGCAUCCGCUUGCCCACAAGCACCAUCGACGGCUCCUCCGUCACCGUGGAGAUCUACGAUGUCAACAAGCAUGAGUGGCGCCUGGCCGCCAACAUCCCAGCUAAGCGUUACUCGGACCCAUGCGUGCGGGCAGUGGUGCUGCUCAACUCGCUGUGCAUUUUCAUGCGUGAAACCCACAUGAACGAGCGUGCCAAGUACGCCAUCUAUCAGUACGACAUGGAGCUGGACCGGUGGUACCUGCGGCAGCCCGUGUCUGAGCGCGUGCUCUGGGAUCUGGGCAAGGACUUCCGCUGUGCGGUGGGGAAGCUGUACCCCUCCUGUCUGGAGGAAUCUCCCUGGAAACCCCCAACCUACCUCUUCUCCCCCGACGGAGCCGAGGAGUUCGAGGUGGACGGGGAGCUAGUGACCCUCCCUCACGUAUAGCUCUUAACCUCCCCUGCCUCGCUGACUGAAGCAGGAAUCUGUAACGCUGAGGGAUGAACAUGAAGGGGGGGGCAGAGCCGUUCUCUAAGAUAUGAAAGGGUUUGACGUUCUCUGUGUUGAGCAUCGCCGGACUUCGGAGGCUUGCGUUCGCUACAGCUGUUGCUGAUGAACGAUGCGGCCCAGACGAGCCUGGAGACAAACGAUGCUUCAAAUACAAGUAAUCUGAAAAAUUCAGUUUUUUUCCUCUUCUUAUUUUGUCAGUUGUGACAUCUGUUAGAUAUUAUUACAAGUCUGUCAUACUGUUUCUACAAUGUGAUGAUCUAAACGUCAACUGAUUUUGUGAUGAUGAUGAUGAUGAUGAUGAUGCACUUAACUGGUAAACCUUCUCGGAAUGACAAUGGCAACUGUACCAAAAUCCCCCCCCAACCCUCCGAUCAUGGCGUCCCUCUCUUCCCCCCCCCCCC